CAGCACCCAGAGAAGCCGUUACACUUGGUGGCUGACAAGCGGCUCGCUCGUGAACUGUCAGCAAUGUAGAUUGCCGGCUGUGAAAUAGUACACAGAGAAACGUUAGGAAUACACAGUACUGUGUACUAGUGCUAGACAGUACCCGUCACAUACCAGGAUUAUAGCACCUCCAAGUCGCUAACGGACUGGCUACCGAGUACUGUGAUGCUGUCUUAGCGAGAUGCCUGUAGCCUGAUAAUACAGCCGAGCAUUACAGUGUGGCGCUACUAUACGGAUACAGUGUAAGAGCAACAUACAAUGUAUUAGUACAAGGCGAUACAGUGUAUACAUUGCAGAAAUACAUUGUUUACAGUAUUAUAUAUAAAGACGUUUAAAAGUGAUACAUUUAUCUGGAUUAGUACAAUAUUCUAGGAACCAUUAACCUCGACCAUUCCUCUGAAAGUGUACGCGGGAUACAUGUGUUACACACACGACUAUUGAGAUACGUCUUAUCCAUGUGGAAAAAGUUUAUUUACAAAUUGUGAGGGGGACAGUAUCUCGACACAAUCUGGACCAAAGUGUAUUGUGAUUUAAAAGCUGUUGACCAUUCUAAGUGAAGAAAGGAUUUGUUUGAUUUCAAAGAGGAAAGGUUACGCGUAUUCACGUGCCAGCGAUUUUCAUUUGGGAGAGUUAUUGUUGGAUGCUAAUAGGAAAUAUUACUUAUAACGGAUUAUAACUUCGUUUGAUAACUUCCAGUGGGAUUUAUAUGGACGUCGGUCUAUGAGCAGAUGUGAUAAAAUCAAGAUACGAAAUUGAGGGCGGAGACAGGAUGCUAGUCGGACUGACACGGGCAAAGUAAAGAUGGUGGGAGGGAGCGUAAGGAACGCCCACCUUCUGUAUAUCACGGCUCUGCUGUACCUUUGUCAAGCUGCUGCCCCGAACCAGAACUUACCGAACCCUCGAAUUACGGAACAUCCACAAGAUGACUAUUUAUCGCCUAAUAACCCAGAAACCCUGGACUGUCGGGCGGAGGGCGACCCUAAACCCACCAUAACGUGGUAUCACAAUAACGAUCGCGUGAUCACCUAUCCUGAAAAUCCAUCGUCCCCGAAGAUGAUAAUCGAAGACAGGAAAUUAUUUUUUCUAAGUGUAACGCACAACAAAAAGGAAACGGACGUCGGAGUAUACUACUGCAACGCAACAAACAUACAUGGCAGUGCAAUAAGUCGAAAUGCAUCGCUGAAAAUUGCUGUUUUGAAAGAUAAUUUCCGUGAAUCUCCGUCCGGCCAAUCUGCAGCGGUAGGGGAGACCGUUACGUUUCACUGCCAGCCACCGAAGGGGGAACCAGAACCAACCAUUUUGUGGCUGAAAUCCAGCGAACAGAUUCAGACAGGAAGUAGUAACAACCGCUUCCAGGUCAAACCCAACGGUGACCUCGUCAUCACGUCUACACGAAAACGGGACGCAGGCAUCUAUAAAUGUAUUGCCAGCAACAAGGCCGGGGAACGGGAGAGCAGUCCAGCAACACUCAAAGUUUUAGAAAAGCCGAGCUUUCGGCGCUACCCCGUGGAUGUCACUACCACGGAAGGCAAAACGGUCGAGUUCCCUUGUGAUGUCAUCGGUGACCAACCUCUGAAUGUUGAAUGGAAGAAAGAGGGAGGAGUUAUAAAAUAUGGAAGGAUGAGAAAGCUUCCAGACCACAUGCUGCGUAUAGAAGAUGUGGAGUCUAGUGACGCAGGCACCUAUAUCUGUGUGGCUACCAACGCUGUGGGCACCACGGAGGCUGUGGCAACCCUUACCGUACAAUUCAAGCCUGUGUUUAUCGUGAAGCCCCAGGACAAGCACGUAGCCGUUGGACGGACAGUUACCCUCCCGUGUGCUGUGAUGGCGAACCCUGUCCCGAACAUUUACUGGAACAAGAAACGUUCAUUGAGCACUUCAAGUAAAGAGAGUCUGAUGUUUCCCAACUUUGAGGAGGGGCGGUACGCGGUGGCCACGGAUGGAACCUUGAGGAUAUCUCGGGUACAGAUGGAAGAUGCUGGGGACUACGAGUGUGAGGCUCUAAACACCCUGGGGAUCAUCACUGCUCGCGUCACUCUUACUGUUAGAGAGCGUGACCCCCGUCCUCCCCCAAUCAUUGAGAUCGGUCCCCAGAACCAGACCCUCCCCACGGACGAGGUUGGCUUUCUCCGUUGUGAAGCUACUGGACUCCCAUUGCCACGGAUACAGUGGUUCAAAGAUUCCUACCCUGUAAAGAGUGACCCUAGGAUAAUGAAGUUGAACUCUGGAACUCUUCAGAUUUCUGAUUUGCGGGAGUCGGACAGUGGAACUUAUACAUGCAAGGCCACCAGUGAAACAGGGGAGACAACUUGGUCUGCUGUUCUCCAGGUCGAAGCCCCAUCGUCACACCAAACCGUGCCGUAUCAUCGCUCUCCAGACGUUUCCUCCUUCCCCGGAAUCCCAAGUCGACCCAUCGUUACCGAGGUAACCAGUGACACCGCCCACCUGUCCUGGACAGCCAACGGCAAUCAUGGAGACUCGCAGGUGUUCGCCUUUAUUGUGGAGUACUUCAGCUACGAAACCAUGGAUGGUUGGAUGGUGGCGUCGGACACAGUCCAGCAGGAGUCGUACACAAUCACCGGCCUACAACCGGACACAAGCUAUCUGUUUCUGGUUCGAGGCAAGAACUCGCAUGGAAUUGGGCUGCCUAGUCCACUGUCGGACCCCAUCCGCACCAGACGACCUACUAGAGGUAUUGACACGCCGGAUGAAAACUUCAGCGGGAUCAUUGUCCAGAUGAUGGAGGGCGUGACCAUCAACUCGAGCGCAAUCCGUGUCACAUGGCGGGUGUUGAAGGAGGUGAAUAUGAUUGAUCGGUUCGUAGUCCAGUACACGGAGAUCCUUGAACUCCAGCGUCUAUUCCGCGGCAAAUCGUAUCAACAGACUGUGGGUACCAUGUACCGUGCCUUCACUCUGAGCCACCUGAAGAGUUCCACUUGGUACGAGGUUUGUGUGAUGGCGUAUUACAACGGUAACUCGCACACCCCGUGUAGUACGCCCCUCAAGGUCCAGACGUCCGAGUCGCGCCCCACGGCCCCUCCCGAGGACAUCAUUAUUCACAAGGAAAGUGACAGCAGUAUACACAUCCAAUGGCUGCCCCCGCCCAAAAGUCACCGUAACGGCGAGAUCCGUGGAUAUGAGGUGGAGUGUCUGAGCUCGGACAAUAAACACAACUGUAGCAUACGUGUAAACGGAACUACCAACGCAGCCACCAUCAAGAGGCUGGACGCAGACAUGACCUACACCAUCAAGGUAGCCGCACGCACCAUCAAGGGUGCCGGUGUUUGGAGCAAGGCUUUUAUUGUUGGCCCGGAGCAGCCCAGUAUCAUGAAGGAGACCUGGUUUAUCGGAAUGCUCAUCGGGACUAUUGGAGGCACCCUGUGGAUCGCCCUGUGUAUAUUUAGCGUCUGGCUUUGUCGUAAACGCUCCAAUAAAAAGAAGAUGAUGAAGAACGGCAUGUACAGUGUUCCUAUGCACAAGACGGAGGACACGAAAACCUGCAACUCUUUCUACCGGAACGGUUACGGACAGAAGGACGUACAUAACUGUGUUGGAGGUAUGGGUUCUCAGUCUCCUGAGGCGUCUAACUUGCUCGACCACAAAGACAUGGAGCUACAGGACCAGAAUAUCUACAACAUCCCUCAAAUGAAGACGUUCUACCACAAAAAGGAUCCGGUCGCUCCGUAUGCCACGACAACCCUAAUAAAUGCUGGGCUCAUGAAUGCAGGGAGCAUGGGGCGACCGACACCCGGUAUGGAGCACAUGUUUCGUCCAAUCACAGGCACGAGCGGAGGAUCAGGUGACAGCUGCUGUAAACACGAACACGGCAGCAGUGACUCUAACACGGACAACAGUCGGCCAAACACAGGUGUUCCGCACGAUCACAGCGACGCGAUGCAGAGUCCGACCAGUGACAGUGGCAGUCAUACGACAGGUAAAUACGAUGAAAACGGACUGUUGAUCAAACGAGGAAAGAAAUCUCAAAAACAGAUGGCACAGCCAAAACAGGCCAUGGUGAAUUGGGCCGAGUUUUUACCUCCACCACCAGAACACCCACCUCCCAACGAGAUGGGACACCCGGGCAAUCUCGUCAUGAAUGAGAACUCGGGUAACAAUUUAGAAUAUGCUGAAGUGAGCUCGGAACGAGCUGGAGGGACCAGGAGUCCAAUUUCUCCGAUGUCUAAAAUUUCCUCGUGUUCUUGCCCUGUGCCGCACAACACGCAGAACUGGAACGUUCCAGCUUACUCGGACAAUGGCUGUGUGCGCUGUAGUUCUCCCAAAUACUGUGAGAGUUGGCACUACAACCCUGCCCACUAUAGCGUGAUCCAACAGCGCACACAAUCCCCCCGAAACACCGACACGUGGGGGCAGAGAACAAUUGCAUGCAUGCAUCCGUCAUCACGGGGCACGCCCGUGGACCUGCGUUGUGCGCGGACCUAUCAUAGCGAUCAGGAACAGGCGGCAAUGCCCGCGUUACAUAACUACAAGAUCGCGCCCGUGCCCAGAGAAGGCGAGUGCUAUCAGUGUUUAAGUGACAGUGACCGCGGGUCUGGGGGUUACCACACCCUUCGGGGGUGUAGGAUGAACAGUAUUCAUGGGGGGUCGGGCUCCGACGGAGGUGGCGGCACCGCAAUGGACCGCGGCUGUCAAUCAUCUCUACCCAGUGUUACCAACGAGUGUAUACACCCGGCAAUGUACCCUCCUAGGUAUGAACUGACUGACAAUGGCCAGCACAUGAGUUUAGCCAUGGAGGGCUAUAACAGGAACGCUGACUCCCCCACCUCUGAGGGGGGUCUAGACUAUGUCGGUGAGUCAGAUGUGGAGAUCCCAGGGAGAGUACCCUCGGGACAUGAGUGUCAGUCUCUCCCCUCGGGACACCAGUGUCAAUCCCCUCCCCAGGGCCAUGACUGUCACCACGAGGGGCAGGGCGUUAAUAUUGACGACAGCUACCACGAGGGGCAGGGCGUUAAUAUUGACGAUGGCUGUACUGACUCAGGGUCAAUGUUAGCGUCUUGGGCGAGCGUCACAGACCAGAGUAACACAGACUGCAGUAGUGUGAGGUCUAGUGCGGCUAGCUCCAGUGACGGGUCCUUCCUUACGGAGGCCGACUUCGCAAGCGCUGUUGCGAAAGCAGCGGAAAUGUCCGGCCUCACUGUCGUCGGUACGACGGUCUGUGAUCCUAAAACUGGGAAACCAGUGAAGAGACAGCGGCGCCACCACAGAACGGCCCGACCCAGUAGUCCCUACAGCACCGACAGUAACUUCAGUGCGGUCGCACAUAAACCCUACCCCAAGUCACAACGAAAGAAACAACUGGUGGAGCGGGGAAAACGAGGAAGCGACCACAAAAAACAUGAUCCCUCCCCCAUCCCCGAGGGUCAGGUCAUGCGACAAGGCAUACAGGAAGUACCUGAACCCCCAUCAUACCAUAGGCCUUGCUUUCCUUCGUCUCUCCCCUAUAAAUCGCCACGACCUGGACACAAGUCCCUCUCCCCGACCUCCUCAGUGCGGUCGCCCCGUAGUCCCGGAGCUCACAGUGCCCUGAACUUCGGGGCUCUGGUCAUAGAGAGCAACGUUCCUGUGGUGUAGCCAACGUGUGAGGUAGUCAACAUAUUCUAGUCAUCUGAGGUUGCCAUGGUUACGCAAGCCAAGGUGUGUCUGUGAUAAAUUGAGUUUAAUUGCUGAAUUUUCUACAAAGGAUAGAAGAAAUCCAACCGCAUUUAAGUGGAACUGUUACAUUGUAAAUUGUCGGAGAGGACGAUAGACUGGCCGUGGAUUUGUUAGUAUUGUUGACAAUUUGGGACUAGAUUUUUUGCUAAAGGUCAUCCCAGACCCGUGUUUCUCCGUGGCGAAAUAAUACAAUAUGGCUGCCAACAUACAAUAUGGCCUCCAGUUGCCGUGCUGUUCAAAAGAAAUCCAGUCUCCCCAGAACUGCUGUGUUAUUAUCCACAAAAAAUCUUCCAUGCAAAUCGUUUGUGCUACAUUGAGCCACUUCUACUGUGAUGCGAGUUAGUCCUAGUGCAGAAAACAUUGGCUGGCUUUAAUUAUCGUAUAUAGUUUGUGAUAUGCCAAAGACUUGACCGUGGUCAGCAAACGGUCAGCCAGGCUGACCGCUGUGGGCCAGUCUGACCACUGUCCGCCAGUACAUUUCUAGUGAAGAGGAAGAAAUGUUUGAUGCUUCUAUAUUGUCUUCCCACAAUUUGUGAACAAACAAGCUACACGUUUGAGUGGGCCGAACGAUGUUCGUUGUCGCGGUGAUGAAUGAGAUAAUUAUUGUAUGUAACAAUUUAAGCAAUACAGAAAAAAGAAUCCCGAACGCUGUCCAAAAUAGAUACUCUGUCAGGUAGGACUGUUACAGAGACUUGAUGCAGCCUACCUCUGGGUUAUUUGUCCCGAAGCUGGAACAGUUUCGUGAUCCCGUUAGCCCAUUAAGCUGGCCCAGUGCGGUGAGGCCAUUAGCCCAUUAAGCUGGCCCAGUGCGGUGAGGCCAUUAGCCCAAGGCUGGCCCAGUGUACAUGUGUUGGGCCAGUUUAUCCCGAGAAUGGCCCAGUGUGUUGGGCUAGUUUAUCCCGAGAAUUGCCCAGCAAGAUGGGCCGGACUCGAGUAGAAAUGCAAUACUAUGUCUGAAGUGUAAGCAAUAAGUGAAUGACAAUUGGACGCAUCGAGACAUUACAGGACGUUUACCAUCGUCCUGUUACCGUGGUGAUAUGUUAUAAAAAUGUCUGAAGAUCAUGUGAUGUGUACCUGUCGCAGUGGGUCGUUCCAGGUCAUCCCAUUCCUCAGUAGGGGUGUAAGCUAGGUGGUCAGUAUACUGCCAAAUUGAGUUUAAAUUUGUGUUCAUCAAUCCCAGGCACCAUGUGGGAAACAUUUUCUGUCCAUCUGUCGCAGUUUCUGCACUUGUUAAUUGACAAUGCCGGACCUGUGUUUGUCUUUUAGACAGGAAGAUGAAUUAUACAAGUCAUCUUAUAGACACAUUCUGGUUAAUACUGCAAUUGCUUCUCAGAGAAUUUUUGUUGAAUGGUUGGACUUUCCAGAAUUUUUAUUUGAAAAAAAUAUCUUGAAUCUUUAAUAUUUGCAUAAUAUAUGUGUAUAUAUAAAUAUAUAUAUAUAUAUAUAUAUUUAUCUUCUGUAGCCUGUUCACCCCUCACAGAAUUUUGGAACAUUCCAUUGAUUGAAGGAAUGUUCCGAUGUUAUCUGUGGAGGGGGGAGUAUUUAGUGGUUACUUGUUAGAGAGUGUUACUAUAGUUACGAUAAUGUACUUUCAGGAUUUUAAUUGUCUCUGAGUUUUAUCGAUGUCCACAUUGGACGAAAGCUUGAUAUAUAUAUCUUUUCUUUCUUCGAAGAAAUAACAAAAUAUGUUCGAAAAAUAUAAGAACAAAAAUUUCCCUCCAAAUGGGUCUCAUAUAUAGCUGUAGAAUAUUUGUGUGAAUCAAACUGCAAUGUGGGAGAGAAAGAAAGAAUAAGAGAGAGAGCAGAAACAGAGAGAACGACAGAGAGAAAGGGAUUUUAAAAUGGUGCUUAUUGAUAAUUAGCAACAGUGUAUAACAUUUUAGUGCAUUUGCUAUAAUUUUGGGCUUUAAUUGAGAUAUCAUGAAUACUGUUAUGGUAACUAUCAAACUCAUUCCAUUCAAGGCAAUAUACACUAUUAUUAUAGAGGAGUUCUACAGGGGGAUGCUAUGUAUGCCUUCCCUCAGCCAAAGGGAGAGAACUCCCGUCAGACCCGUGUCAUUGUACAAAACCACCAUUCAGCAAUAAUUGUGGAAUUCCAGCCAUUUAUUUGUAUCAAGGUUUAGUCGACAUAUAGAAAAUUAAUUUAUUUAUGGAUAAACUGUACAUAGAUAUUUGUUAUUGUAUAUGAUCCUAACUGCUGCAAACAACCAUGUCCUCACCCCCCUCUACUGUUUAAUGGAACAGUCUGGCUGCUAAUUUGUAACCCCACCUCCCCUCCAAUCUAUUAUAGAACAGACCACUGAACCCUUCUAAUUUUUUCCCCAAUUCAGGAAAUGUUUAUUUCAUAAGGGAAAUCUUGGACCUGUAUCAGGCCAAACAAAACAAUUAAGGGUUGCAUCGCGAACAAAAUUAGGGUCGGUUGGUAUAUUUUAUUUUUUUCAAAAGUUUUUUACAUUGUGGCCAUGGAGUAUAAAUCCUUACUUAUCAGUGCUCGUCCAAAUAUGGCCAUGAAUUAAAUCUCUAGGUUCCGCAGUUAAAUUUAGGUAGGCUAGAUAACCUGAAAAAAUCCAUUUUUUUCUGUACGUCCAUUUCACAAUGCCCAACCACAGUCGAAUAUAUUAGACAUUUGUUACACAUUAGUUAAUGGUAUAACGACAUCUGACGACGAUGAACAAGCUAUAUUCUUUCAUAUAUGUGCAAUAUUUUGUUUUGCUCAACUUAUUCUUGUUCUGUUCUCCGACGUAAUUAUUUGAAUUGUUUAAUUUAUUCCCUGUAGAGUAGAAAUCUGUCACACUGUAUUUUCCCCAUACUGCGAUCCUGGUGAUUAAUCUUCAGUAUAACACAUCAGCCAAAUUUACAACCGAAAGAACUACAAUUCUAGGUUUUCGGAAUCGCGGUCCUUCGUUACGGAACAAUUGUACUGCUUUAAGCGAUAUAUUCUACCCAGUUGACAUGCAUUAUAGAAGCACAUGAUAAGAUUUGAUAUUAAUCGGCUCCAUACAAAAUAACCCUCAUAGUACGGAGGUGUGAAUCAAAUCCAAAGUUUUAAGUUGAUGUAAAAAUUCAGGGUUGCCCGUGAGUUAGAGAGCUGAUUGUAUUUCUGUUUUUGUUGUUAACGUUAUGUUGAAUAUAUGUGAGGUAUAAAAGUUAAAUUAAGUCCCCAAGUCGGCCAUUUUGUGUAAAUCUGUAUCUUAAGGUUGUUUGUAAGUAUAGGAGAUUAGUGGACACGUGCAGUGCUCCUUUGCGAUGAAGAUCUGUGGUUGUUACGAUAGGAACAGAAUUUACAGUUCUCUCAUGGUCAUUCAUGUCAUUAAUCAUGUUCAGUCAAUUUCUCAUCAAAUAAAAUAAAUAUUGCUAAAGUUA